AAAUCGAGCUACAAGUUGGUAAACAAAAUGUCCGGGAACCCCGAUAACAGUCAGUUCAACGAUGACGAAUUGGUGCCACCUGAGUGGCUAAACUCGGAGUUCAUGGCCCAUGUUCUGGGGUCCCAUGAAAAGGAACCCGUGGUCAAGGUAAUCGACUUGACCUUGUCCCCGGCGAGUGCGAAGGGCGAUCACUAUGCCAGCAUCAUGUUCCGGGCCAAGGUCAAGUAUGCCAACGCGAAUGGGGAGUUCGAAAAGUCGGUGAUCAUUAAAACGAUGCCAGAGGCGGAGGGUCACAAGAAGGAGAUGCUAGUUGGAUCGCCCAUAUUCGAAACGGAGACGGGCAUGUACACAAAGGUGUUGCCCGAAUUCGAGAGGAUUCUUCGGCAGGCCGGCGAUAGCACCAAGUUGUACGUGAAUUGCAUAUAUCAUAGCCUAUCGCCGCAUCAGGUCCUGGUCUUUGAUGAUCUCGUCGAGAUGGACUACUUUGUACUGAAGGAUCGGGACGCCACCCUGGACGAGAUUCAUCGAGUCUACUUUAAGCUGGCUAAAUGGCAUGCAGUCAGUUUAAAAGUACAGCAUGAGCAACCCGAAUUCUUAGAGGCCUACACCCACGGACUGUUUGAAAUGCCACAUUUUAUGUCUGAUCCCUUUAUGAAGACUGGAAUGCAGUUUUUCGUGGAACUUUUGAGCAAGGAGCCGGAUCUUAAUAAGUACCAUUCCUAUUUCAAAAGCAUACAGGGAGAUUUCCUGGAGCGGCUUGUGGCCGAGUGGACGGAAAUCCGAAACAACCCGAAAGUAGACCCGUACAGGGUACUUUGCCACGGCGACCUGCACCUUCGAAACAUUAUGUUCAAGUAUAAGGAUCCUGGAUCUUUCGAGGACUGCAUGCUACUGGACUUUCAAAUCUCCCAUCUUUUUCCCCUGACAUUCGAUUUGGUCUAUUCAAUAUACAUGCUUAUGGAGGCGGAGCAUCGAUUUAAGCACUACGAUGAUUUAAUCGACUAUUACUUUUUCGUUUUUGAGGAUGUUUUAAAGAAAAUCGGCUAUAAGGGUGAAAUGCCUACCCAAGAGGGUCUUUGGCAGCGCCUGCUUCAGCCUAAAUACUACCAUUUCUUCCUUUUAAGUACCUUUCUUCCUUUGAUGUGGGCAGUAAGGGAUAAGUCUGUUGACUUUGGCGAUCUGCUUCAGAAUGAGGAGAAGCGACGGAAAUGCUCAUUUUCUGAGGGUUACAUUAAGGAUGUGAAAAGAAUGCUGGCCCGAUGGGAUAUGUUCGGUUUACUGCAGGCUUGA